AUGCUAGUCGAUUUGAAUCCUAAAUGGAAUUCUUGGGAAGGUGUCAUAACAGAAGCCCAUUUGAUGAAUCUUACAAGAAUAAAAUAUUUUAUAGUAACAACUGAUAAAAACCAAUCUCUAAUUUUCAAUGUGACAUAUGACUGGGUUCCUCCUUUCAAGCUCAAAUAUCUUGAACUAGAUAGUUAUCUCAUUGGCUCAAAAUUUCCCUUAUGGCUUCAAGUUCAAAGUGAGCUUACAACAUUCACCCUUAGAAAUGUUGGAAUCUCCGGAACUAUACUUGAAGAUUGGUUCUCUAUGAUAUCUUCUCAACUCACUCACUUGGAUCUAUCGAACAAUCAGAUCAUCGGGAAGUUUCCGCACCACUUAGUAUUUUCAAAGGUAACUUCUUUUGAUCUAAGUUAUAAUCGCUUCAAGGGCCCUAUCCCACUUUGUUUUACAAAUGUGGUCAAACUAUUUCUUCAAAGUAAUUUCUUUUCAAGUCCAAUCCCGAAAAAUAUUGGUGAUCAAAUGCCAAAGUUGCAAUUGUUAGAUCUUUCAAAGAACCACCUUUAUGGUACAAUUCCCUUGUCAAUACGGAAAAUGAAAUAUCUUAGUGUUCUUUACCUCGGGAAAAAUCAACUUUUAGGGGAGCUCCCCUAUCAUUGGAAUGAGUCAUACCUAGAAGUUGUGGAUAUUGCAUACAACAACCUAUUUGGAAAAAAUUCCAAGUUCAAUGGGUUUCUUGAGUUCCCUUGA